AUUCUACAACCUGAGUUGGAACUAAGUGAUUUACCUCAUUAUAGCUCUUAUUGUCAUAUUAAUAAAGAUCCACUCAAAAUCGAUCUGUUAGAAUUUGAUAACUAUCUACUUUGCAGUGGACUAUACUAGGCUUAAUGUUUUAUGUCUAAUACUGUAAAUACUUCAGCAUCAUUCUCUAACAUUUUUUAUAUUUUGUUUAAGACCCUUGCAUCAUUCUCUAACAUUUGUUUAAGACGCUUAAUGUUUUAUGUAUUGUAAUUAAUAAAUGUGUACGAAUACUUAUACACAAUUUUAUUUAAUAAAUUGUUAUAACAUUCCUAUAAACAAUUUCUCUAUAUAUUGCAGAAUCGUCGUCGUCGUCG